GCCUGGCAGUUGUGCUCGGGAUUGCAUGAUGUGUUGAUGCACCGCUACCCUCGCAAACGAUUUCAAUGGUGGAUGAGUGACUUACUUAUCCAGAGUGGAUGCCUCGACCGAUGGUAGCGCUUAGCGCGGUAUGACGGAAGUAGAGGAUAGCGACGCGUCAUUUUUUUCCACCGUCAGCACAAAUGCCACCGUGCCUGAUCCUUGCCUCCGCGUACGAAAAUAUUGGUGUUUUCUGCUAUCAAGUAUCUGUACAUUUCUUGUGGGCCUCCUUAGCGUUUUAAUAUGGCGCGCCUUUGCCUUCCUGUGCUGUCGCAAAGAAGCCGAGUAUGGGCCCAACGAUCCAAAACAAAAAGAGCAAAAGCUCGCCCGACAAGGGAAACAAGAGUUCGAAGGUACCUUCAUGACAGAAGCAAAAGAUUGGGCGGGAGAACUUAUCUCGGGACAAACAACUACCGGCCGCAUAUUGGUUGUGCUAGUGUUUAUUCUAAGUAUUGCUUCACUAAUAAUAUACUUCAUAGAUGCAUCCAAUGACAAAGUGGAGCGCUGCCAAGAGUGGAGCAGCAACAUCACGCAACAAAUCGACCUUGCCUUCAACAUAUUUUUUAUGGUCUAUUUUUUUAUAAGAUUUAUAGCAGCUAGCGAUAAGUUAUGGUUCAUGCUAGAGAUGUAUUCCUUCGUAGAUUACUUUACGAUACCCCCGUCCUUUGUCUCCAUAUACCUGGAUCGUACUUGGAUAGGUCUUCGUUUCCUUCGUGCAUUACGACUUAUGACCGUACCAGAUAUUUUACAAUAUCUCAAUAUACUGAAAACGUCAAGUUCCAUUCGUCUUGCACAAUUGGUGUCCAUAUUUAUAUCAGUGUGGCUUACUGCUGCAGGAAUAAUCCAUUUGUUGGAAAACUCAGGCGAUCCAUUAGAGUUCAGCAAUUCACACAAAAUGCCCUACUGGAACUGUGUUUAUUUUCUAAUUGUGACAAUGUCAACAGUAGGUUAUGGUGAUGAACACUGUGAUACACUACUUGGUCGAACAUUCUUAGUAUUUUUUCUUCUCGUUGGUUUGGCGAUAUUUGCCAGUUGUAUCCCUGAGAUAAUUGACUUGAUCGGGACUAGGCCGAAGUAUGGUGGCACUUUGAAGAAUGAAAGAGGCAGAAGGCAUAUCGUGGUUUGUGGGCACAUCACAUAUGAAUCCGUCUCUCAUUUCCUCAAAGAUUUUUUACACGAAGAUCGUGAGGACGUAGAUGUGGAGGUAGUCUUUCUUCAUAGGAAACCACCUGACCUUGAACUGGAAGGUCUCUUCAAGAGACACUUUACAACUGUAGAGUUCUUCCAAGGUACCAUCAUGAACCCUAUCGACUUACAAAGGGUGAAGGUUCAUGAAGCAGACGCCUGUUUAGUGUUGGCUAACAAAUAUUGCCAAGAUCCAGAUGCCGAAGAUGCGGCCAAUAUUAUGAGAGUGAUUUCAAUUAAAAACUAUAGUGAUGACAUUCGAGUUAUAAUCCAACUAAUGCAAUACCACAAUAAGGCUUACUUGUUAAACAUUCCAUCUUGGGACUGGAAGCAAGGAGAUGAUGUAAUAUGCUUGGCUGAAUUGAAGCUAGGAUUUAUUGCGCAAUCCUGCUUAGCGCCUGGAUUCUCGACCAUGAUGGCGAACCUUUUCGCCAUGCGUUCAUUCAAAACGUCCCCUGAUAUGCAAGUCUGGCAGAACGAUUACCUGCAAGGCACAGGAUGCGAGAUGUACACUGAGACUCUGUCCCCCUCGUUCACAGGCAUGACAUUCCCACAGGCCAGCGAGUUAUGCUUCACCAAGCUGAAGUUACUUCUCCUCGCGAUAGAAAUUAAAGGCAACGAUGAUGGAGUGGAUUCAAAAAUUUCUAUUAAUCCAAGAGGUGCGAAAAUUCAAGCAAAUACUCAGGGAUUUUUUAUUGCGCAAUCAGCAGACGAAGUUAAAAGGGCCUGGUUUUACUGCAAGGCGUGCCAUGAUGAGAUUAAAGAUGAAACUUUAAUCAAGAAAUGUAAAUGCAAAAACUAUGUGGGAAUGAUCAUGAUGCAGACGGGCAUGGUGAAACAAGGCCUUAACUCCAUCUAUCACAGACAUCUGGAGGUGGCUACAUUCAGGAAAGGCGUUCGUACCGUACAGAUGGUUGGUCGAGCAAGCGAGGACUUCACAAACUUGUUUCCAAAUGACCACCAUCCUCCCCCAACUUUCACACCACCAGAGUUGCCCAAGAAGGUUCACGUCCGAGGUGACAUUGGCCGCCACGACGAUUUAAACUUAACACACAGAAAUCAAAAUCACAGAGCCAACGCGCUCCCAACGGCAAAUAUGGUAAACUCGACUAAACAAGUGAAUAAAGUUAAGCCGAACGUGAAUAGAACGACUACCGAUAGUUUGGUAUCGCCGGGUUUCAACUCCAGACCGCCGGAGCAGGAUACUACGUCUUAUGCCGGCUAUCAUCUUGCCUAUGAAGUCAAAAAACUCAUGCCGACUAGUAGAUCAAGCGGAGGAACCAAUCAGAAUAACAAUGGUGUUGCUUUACCGGUAGGCUUAGCCGAUGAUCAAGCGAAGGAUUUCGAUUUUGAGAAGACAGAAAUGAAGUACGACAGUACCGGAAUGUUCCAUUGGGGGCCGGCUAAAAAUUUAGAAGACUGUAUACUUGAUCGAAAUCAAGCCGCAAUGACUGUAUUAAACGGACAUGUGGUGGUGUGCCUAUUUGCUGAUCCAGAUUCUCCAUUAAUAGGACUUCGAAAUUUAGUUAUGCCAUUAAGAGCUAGUAAUUUUCAUUAUCACGAAUUAAAACAUGUAGUUGUAGUUGGAUCGAUAGAGUAUAUCAAACGAGAAUGGAAAAUGUUGCAAAAUUUACCGAAAAUAUCUGUGUUAAAUGGUUCACCGCUGAGCAGAGCAGAUUUACGCGCGGUAAACGUGAAUUUAUGUGAUAUGUGCUGCAUUCUGUCUGCAAAAGUGCCAAGCAAUGACGAUCCAACGUUAGCAGAUAAAGAAGCAAUUUUAGCCUCCUUAAAUAUUAAAGCGAUGACGUUUGAUGAUACUAUAGGUGUUCUUAGUCAAGUAAAUGGAGAUGCCGAUGGAACUCCUGGUAGUCCAAUAGUGCUACAAAGGAGAGGGUCAGUGUAUGGCGCAAAUGUACCUAUGAUAACAGAAUUGGUGAAUGAUAGUAAUGUUCAAUUUCUGGAUCAAGACGAUGAUGACGAUCCCGAUACUGAGUUAUAUCUUACACAACCUUUCGCCUGUGGUACAGCGUUCGCCGUUAGCGUGUUGGAUUCCUUAAUGUCUACAACUUAUUUUAACCAAAAUGCCUUAACUUUGAUACGAUCGUUGAUAACAGGUGGAGCAACACCAGAACUAGAAUUAAUAUUAGCAGAAGGUGCGGGCCUUCGUGGCGGCUAUAGCACACCUGAUAGUUUAUCUAAUAGAGAUCGAUGUAGGGUCGGUCAAAUAUCGCUAUAUGAUGGUCCAUUAGCGCAAUUUGGAGAAGGUGGAAAAUAUGGAGAUUUAUUUAUAUCUGCGCUUAAACAAUAUGGAAUGCUAUGCAUAGGAUUAUAUAGAUUUCGAGAUACUAGUAAUUCCUGCGAUGCUAGUAGUAAACGUUACGUAAUAACUAACCCUCCAGAUGAUUUCCAAUUAUUGCCCUCGGAUCAGGUGUUUGUGUUAAUGCAGUUUGAUCCUGGAUUAGAAUACAAGCAAGUACGAGGACGACAUAGAACAGGUCAAGGAAGUGGGACGGGAGGAGGAGGCACCAAUAAGGAUGAUAACUCUUGACUAUUACUUUGUAGCGCCCUCACAGAUGGCCCCUAUUCCUAUAUCUAAAAUAAUUACCAUUCCAAUACCUUUGUUCCUUAAUUUAUACCAUUGUUACAAGGUGUGUUAUAUUUUAUAAUAAGUAGCUCAAUCUCAUUUUAUUGUUUUAACAUCUGGAUAAUUUAAUUAUAAGUAUAUUUUUUCCCAACCAUUUACAAUGCAUUCUGAAAAACAAAAAUGAAAACGAGAUAUUUGGAAUCAAUAAAUAACUGCACAUUGUACAUGGUAGUUAAUGUACCACUGCUUCUAUAACGUGUGAUACAUUGUCUUUCUUAAAAAGAAUUUAAAAUUUUUGGUACAUUAUCUGCUAUAUGGAUGGUUCAGAAUGCAAUUCUUUUUGUGUGUUAGAUCUUGCCAGUACACUUUACAUGAAAAGAGGGCGCUACAAGUAAAAAUAAAAUAGUGCUUUUAUACAUAUUUACCUAAAUAUAUUAUAAAUUAAUCGAACAUUAUUAGGUAGAUCACAUCGGCAGUACCUAAUUUAAAAAAAAAAUAAACAGUUCUAAAUACUGCUAAUCACACUAUACCAAACGCAGUGGUGUACGCAAACAGACAGAAAAAGUUUGAGCUUUUAGAGUAAUUAUUGUUAAUGUACCUAGUUACGUGUUAGAAACAAAAAUCAGAGGUGGGUAAUGACCUAAUAACUAAUUAUCUGUUGUUUUUUAUAAGUACCUACCUAUAGCUUUUGUACAAUUUCUGUGUAAGAUAUAUGAAGACAGACUGUAAAAUAUGUACAGUUUUAAUCUUAAAUUGUGAUAUUGUAAAUAAGUAAUUAUAAGGGUAAGCCUGUCUCAUUUUGCUGAAUUAUGUAUUGUGUGAAUAAAAUAUUAUAUAGACACUAGAUAUAUUAAAUUUAUUUUAGCAAUUCUUUAUGUAAUACACCAAAAUAUACACUUUAAAAUUGAACAGAUUUUAAAAUGUGCUUUAACCAAAUAAAUAUACAUAUAUUUCUAAAGUAGAAUUUUAAAUCCAUCUCUGUAUGCCCACCAUGGGCAAUACCAAUAGAAAUAUCAUACAAUCUCUCACAAGUGUGUCUUGUUUUGUAAUUACUAUGCUAAAUUCAUUUCAAUUACCUACUCAUCAACAAUUAUUAUGUUUAAGCAUUACCUGUUGACAUUUGGCCAAUAAAAUAUAAUUGUCUAAUUUGAACACACAAAAAACAUAUCAAGUAAAAAACAUGUUGUUUGUCUUAACACAGUUAUUGAAAUGAAAUUAGUUUAAAGUGAAAAAGUUGAGAAGCAUCUGCGAGUAGAUUAAACAUAAAAAGAACUGUAAGUAACUAAACAUUUUACUUAAAGUACUUUUCUGUAUAUUUAUAAUAAUAAUGCAUUAAAAUAAUUUUUUACAUAACAGUGAUAACACUUAGAAUUUGCUCUGAUUAAAUAUUGCAUUAUCAUGGCACUGAGCAAUUGACUUUAUUAC